AUGACAAUAACACAAUUACUUGAUUUACCCAAUGAAAUUUUUCCAUUUAUUUUUCAAUAUUUAAAGUCUACAAAUUUGAUACAAACAUUUUCCAAUGUAAAAUCUCUUCGAAUUCAAGCACUCAUUCAAUCUUUCCUUUCACAUCUUGACAUCUCUCAAGAAACUGAUCAAUGGAUUCAAACUUAUCUACCGAUUUUAAUCAAUCAACAAAAUAUUGUUGCUCUUCGUUUACAAGAUAAACAUAUUAAAUUCAUUUCGAAAGAUUUACUAUUAAGUAAAAUUCACUCAAUUCAUGUAUUUAGCUCAGAUUGGAAUACUGAUUUAUUAAAAGAAGGACUUGAUCAUUUUCGACAACGCUUAAAACAACUUUCUAUUACAUUUACAUGUUCUCAUGGAAAAGGAGAUAUUGGUAGUUAUUUAUUUAAAUUUGAUUCUCAACUUGAACAUCUUAAUAUUAUUGGGCGUUUUCUAUUUUUUAAUAAACAUGAAAUUAAUACUUGCACUCAAUUGACACAUCUAUCAAUUGAACUUGAAGGAAUGCAUAGUGUAUUCAUACUUAUAAAACAUCUACCCAAUCUUCAGCAAUUAAAGGUUAAAUUUCGAAUGGAAGAACGUAUAAUUCAACCGACAUCCUAUGCUGAAAAUGUAACCUUGUGUAAAACAUUACAUCGUGUUACUUUUACAGGUUGUACGAAAUAUUUCGAACAUGUCGAACAUUUUUUUACUAUAUUUGGAUCAACAAUUAAAUGUUUAACUAUCCAUAUUGACUUGAUGUAUUAUAUUGUCGAUGGUAAACGACUUGAACAAGAAUUAUUGAGUAAAAUGCCAUGUUUAUCAUUACUUGAUCUAAUCAUUCAUUCAAUUAUGACUCAUUGUAAUCCAAUAGAAAUUGAAACAUUUCAAAAUUCAUCUUGGCAAAAUUUUAAUCCUAUUGUAUAUUGGAAUGAUAUUCAUGCUCAUCAACAUACAAUUUUCACAUUACCAUAUAGAUCAAGUCGAUUCGAACAUCUUUCAAAUGAUUUUAUUUCAUCUUGUAUAUCAAAUCGAACAGUUUCUCUUUGUUUUGAACGUGUUCGUAUACUUUCACUUAUCUCUACAACACCAUUAAGAUUAGAAAUAUUCGAAUUUAUUGAACAAGCAUUUCCAAAUAUUGAAACACUUGAAUUAAAAAAUCCAGUCAAAUUAUCAAGAUUUCAACACGAAAAUAAACGAACUAGACAUACUUGUCCCAUGAGUGAUGUUUUUAUUUCAAAUAAUAAUUUACAAUUACCUUCGAUUACUAAAUUCUGUUUUCUUUUACAAUCACAAUAUGAUGAUUAUCAAAUUUUUCGUCGUUUUCUUCAUCUUUUACCUAGUUUAGUUUCUUUACAAAUGUUUAUUGGACGACCGUUAUUUCAUGAAAUCUUAAUACAUGAAAAUGAAGAUAAUUUUAUUCGAAGUGCAUUAAAUCGUAUUAAAAUUUUACAAAUGGUUCGUUUUUAUGAUGAAAAAAAUGUCUUAAGCAAUGAAGAAAUGAAAAUUCUCUUUCCAAAUGCUCAAAUAAUUUUUGGUCAUGAUGACCGUUAA